AUGACGUACUUAUGACAAUGUAGCCUGCAUGGCAGGCGGUAUUUCUACGGGCAGCGAAAAUUAGGUAUUUCCUACGUACCGCCUGCCAUGCAGGCUAAUGACAAUGUAACAUGACGUUCUUCGUGUUUCCAUGUUGUCUUGCUUGCUUUUCAAAAUGUUUUCUUGAUAUUAUAUUAAAUAGUCAUGAAUACACUUAGGGGCCAUUCACAAAGGAUGUCCGAGCCGAGGGGGGGAGGGGGGUUUGGAAAAUCAGGACAAACUCGGACAUAGGGGGGGAGAGGGGGUUUUUAGCAAUCCGGAUGUCCGAAAUUUAAAAAAAUUCAAAAACAAAUUUCUUUUUCCCUCUAUUUUGAGCAGUCCUUCCCAUUGUGAAAUUGGCAUUUUGACUAUGCGGUUAACACUAGAUUUUGUUUUAAUUAGUAAUUUAUAUGUUUUUGUGUUCACAUUUACAGUUAUAAAAAAGUUCUAAAAGUAAAAAAGUUUUUUACUCUUGAUAUAUACAAGGUUGCGUGAGUUUUUGCGAGGCAUGGCGGAUGUCCGGGGGGAGGGGGGGUCACUAAUUCGGACAAUGCCGGACAAGGGGGGGGGGGGAGUCUGAAAAUCCAUCAUUUGGCCGGACAUCCUUUGUGAAUGGCCAAAUCCUUCAAAACGUAGAAUUUAUCAAUACAAAAUUCCUACUGUGAUCACAGAAACUUUGCUAGUGUAAACCAGAUUUUACAGUACGAACUGUCCAGGGGCCGGUUAUUCAAAGGUGGGUUAGCGCUAACCCUGGGUUAAAAUUUAACCCGCUGUUUUAGUUUAUGUAUUUCUGCACGUCUGUUUAUUUCAAAACUUCAGAAAAGUAAACUCCUAUCGAUCCUGACAAGAUCUCUGAAGAAAUAUUUCCAAAUUUAUAGACAAGCUGUCAGAAAGUUUGCUUUGAAUUUGACGUUAACCUAGGGUUAAGCUAACCCAGCUUUGAACAGCUGGACCCCAGAACUUUAAAGUCGGUCUACUGAGGUUUAUCGCCAUGUAUCGAGAACUUAGUUAAAACCAACAAUAAAGUUGCUCUCUGUUUUGCAUAUCAGAUUGAACGACAAGAAGUUGAGCGAAGAUAUCGAGCAGAAAUUUUGGAGCGAUGAAGAAAGAUACGUGGAGGAAAUUCGUGCCAUUGAACUGUCCCGAGAGAAGUUGAAACAUGAAAAUGAAAGUUUGCGGGAGGAUGUGGAAGCGCUGGAAGGAGUGAGACAGAAACUGGAGGAAAAAACGAGAGAGGUGGAAGAUUUGAAAACUGAACUGGAGGAUGUGACGCAAGCGAAGAAAGAAGAAAAAGAUAUGAUGAGAAAAUUGAUAGCUGAAGGUAAGAAUCUUUUACCGCCUGAUAGAAAAGUGAUUGUUAUAUAGUUAGGGUGAACACCAAACGUGAUUGGCUGAUUUCUGGUUAUAAAUAUAAAUAUUAUGUAUUGCCAUUAACGUGUAAUAUAAUUAUUCCAUAGAAAUAUUUCAGGCUAUUUAGUAAAUUCAAAUUAUCAAUUUUCAAAUCAUAAUUUGUUAUUAUAAAUUAAGAAAACGUCGAAGCUGUCUGCAUAAUAUAGGCAAGAUCAACAUAAUCAUCACAAGUAUUUAAGAUUUCUAGCAACAUUCGCUUACAUUUCUUUUUAAACGUUGAUUUACUCAAAUUACGAAUUGAUAGAGGUAAACAGUUCCAAAUUUUCACGCCCAUUGUUGAUAGUGAUUUUGAAGUUAUAUUAAGUCUAGCUCUGGUUGGCUUUAGAUAAAUGCAAUGCAUCCCAACGAGAAACAAACGAAAACGUUCAUUGGUUAAAAAUAUUUAUUUGGACGAGCUUUCGACUGGCAAACUGCAGUCUUCUUCCACUUUGAUCUACCCGUCGAAGACUGCAGACUGGCAGUCGAAAGCUCGUCCAAAUAAAUAUUUUUAACCAGUGAACGUUUGUUUGAAACUCUUAAUAUGAAUCCUGGUUUCGCAUCUAACAUCUUUAAACGAAAAAUUGUUGCCUGCCCCGACCGGCUACGUACAUAAAUAAACAAAAUGGCGGCACAACACGCAAGUUUAUAAACUAGGAUUUUCCAAGUUUGUGUUAAAAUAAAGAGAUGUAAAAGAGAAGGAAAAUACACAACAGGCAACAGGAUAUACUGCUGAAACCACAGGUUCUUUUAAUUCUCGACUUCGUCUCGGGAAACAAUGAGAAUCUCGGGAAGAAAAAAGCAUUUCCCUUGAAAGCAGAUACAGUAUAAGUGUAUAUUAUAGUGUAAAAAUACUGCUGAAGAUGAAUGGAAAUUGAUUCGGAAUAUACAGUUCACAUAGACUUCGUAGUGAAUUCAUACGCUUUUUUUCGGGAUAACUAGUUUUAUGUUUUUUUGUAAGUAGAAUCAUCUAAAUUAACAAAAAAAAACAACGCAUAAUGUGUAAUUUCAUUUCCUGUUAGGCGAAGAGGUGAUAGCUAUGUACCAGAACGAGGUCCAGCAACUCAAGGGAAAACUCAUACACGAGCCUGCGAUCGACUUCAAACGUGGAGUCAGCGGCAGUGUCGAAGAAAUGCGACGCCUGAUUGAGCUGGAAUAUAACAUCGGAAAAGAAAAGAAUUAUCAAAACGACCAAGAAAUUGAAGAAGAAUGUUUGAAAAUCAUGCAAGGAAGUGACAAAAAGCCUAAAGAUAAAAUUCUCGGUAAAAAUACAGGACAAAUGAACACAAAACAAGAUGGUAUCUGGACCUAUAGUUGGUUAUCACUUAUUGUGAUCCUUAUUUCGAUCCCAGUACUUUUCACUCAAUUCCCGACGCAUGUAGUGAUGACGUGCGUCCUAUUGUAUCUAUCCACCUUGGGAUACCUUAUAUGGAAGAAGACAGGGGGGUGCAAGAAGAUUUUAAAACCGGGGGAGGCGAACGAUGCAUUGUCUAAGGCGGUCAGUGAUAUUUACGAGGAGAAUCAAAGUUUGAGGAAAACUGUUGAACAACUCAUUGUUCGGGUCGCGUCGGAAACUGUCGAGAAAAACGAGCUCGCAAAGAAGACUGGGACGAGUGGUAUGACCGCGCAAGAUUCUGGAGCUAGGGACCUGGGGCGAGAUUCACGCGCGGCGAGUGGCCUGGGGCAAGAAUUGGCAGAGAAGGCGAAAAUGAUUGAAACUUUAACUGAAAUGCGUAAAAAGCUGACGGAAGAGGGCAAACAGUUGAAAGCAAAGUUACGAGCUAACGAAGGUGUUGUACAACAGAAAGAUAAAGUAAUUAAGAAGCUUGAGCAGAAAUUACGCGAUCUCAUGGACGGGGAAGGCGUUGAUUUAUCCACUGAAAAAAUCCUACAAGAAAUCCGCCAAGAUGAUGAACAAAAAGACGCGAAGAAACGAGCAGCGCUUGAACGCUUCCAGGAAUUGACUGUCACCGUUAUGAGGAACGCAAAAGGUGAAAAGACUUUGGGAGGAAUGUUUGUCGUGUUUGUGACUGUGGGUGUUGUGUUUCUUGGUGUGCGUCAGAGCUCAUUGCUGCUUGGAUCAAGUGUGCUUGCUUUGUUAUGCAUUGUCAUGGCUUUGGUCUUUUGGUUCAUCAUGAAAUCACGCAAUGAGGUAUGUAUGUUAAACAACUUUAUUUAAGGUUACAGAACACCCUUUUUGGCGUUUUGCGGAAAAUCGCUACUGCGUGCUCAAUAUCACUUCGAUUUUCAUCAAAUUUUCACCAAAUGUGCGCCAGUGCAUGCAAAGUAUGGUAAAGUUGUAAAAUAAAAUAAUGUAAGAAUUGUUCAGGAGAAUCUUAAAUCGCGGCACUUUCACGCUUUUGAGUUGUUUUCCUGCUGGUUUUAAGAUAUAUUUAUGAAAAUUUUCAUACAGUAAAAUAGUUGUUCUAAAAAAUUGUGUUCGGAAAUAUUUGUUUAUUUCGUCAUUCCGCUGAUAUGGCGAUUUCUUUAACGACUGCAAUAUAUUUCUGAAUCGUUUGAGUGAAUUGCUCCUUAUUAUUAAAAUAUCCAAAUACACAAUUUUGGAACUGACGUCUUUAGCUAUGUCCUGUGAAAAUUUGAGCAAAAAUAACUCUGCGAGUUUUCAACAUUUUUCGUUCAAACUUGGUCAGAUAGUAGAACUAGUCUAAUGCUUUCAUGGAAACCAAUAAAAAAAUUAGGCAAAAUUAACACUCAAAGAACUUUAUUUAAUUGCCCAGAGAUAGAUUAUCAGUCAUAAAACAUCAUUCGUCUGACGGACCAUCAGUGAUCUAUGCUGACAAUGGUGCGUAAUGAUUCAAUAUUUUCUAGGUGGCAAAGUUGGCUGAAGAAUUGAACCUAGAGGCGGAACGAAGCCUGGAAAGCAGCAAGGAAAUACAAGAACUAUCCACCCUGGUUGAAAAACACUUGGAGGUCGUCACGAAGCAAAAACGAGCGAUUUCUGCACUUGAAAGACAACUUAAAGUCGAACAUGGCAGGUAAGAGCAAUACAAGAGUAUAUAAUGAAAAAUUCCUACCAAGCAAUUUCCGCACGCUUAUACAAAAGUAUACAAAAUUUGCAAAACUUUGCAAGGCUAUAUUUUCCGCAUUUUACAACAUUUCGCAACCAAACUUUGCAAUUUUACUAAUUUUAGUAUGCUCUUUCUAGCUGUGGUGAUUUAUUUGCACCUCCUUGCCUAGUUUUAAAAUUAGUCUAUAAUGGAAAUUGUCUAUUGAGGAGAAAGAGCUACCUUUACAUUGACAUCAGUAAAUGGUUAGACUUUCGCGUUUUUCCCGGAUAAGGACGUUAAAUCGCCAGUACCUCGGAUCCCCUAUAAAUUGGCAAUAGCUUGUUGGGCAAUCCGCCCACCAAUGAGCGAGAAACUCAUUUAAACUCAAUGUUUUGGUAUUUCAGGAACGAGAAUCAGAAACUAAUCAUCGCCAAGCUCACGUGGACGAUCCAGGAAGGCAAAGACAUUGAAAACCUACUGGGGAGAUCUGGCUCUUAUCGCGGGCAGGAUAAAAAAGCUUUGGAACACGCCUUGAAGACAAUGGCCGAGAACCACGUCAAGGAAAAGAUAGAUUUAUUCAAAACCAUGCGCGCGCAUCUUGCUGAAGACGAUGUGGAUAACGAGGAGAAGCGAUGGAUACUACAGGAUCUAAAACAAGCAACUAGGGAUAUCACUGCAGCACUCCCAAGCGUCCCUCAGAAGUUGAAUGGAUGUAAGGUGAAGGAGUUGAAGCGAUUCUGGAGAGUUGGUGCGGUAUUUGCGAGUUGUUUCUUGGCCUUCCUUUGGCUGUUCUACGCUGAAUAUUUUACGCUGUCUCUCUUGCCUCUGAUUGGCUGCGCUGCUUAUGUGGUUCUCAAGAAGACUGGGACAGAGUGUGAUAGAUCAUGUGACAUGAAAAUCAGGUAUCUUAAAGAAAGUCUAUAACAUAGAACUACCCCGUCAGUUUCAAUUUGCCGAGAGGCUUAGCUUAAAGCAACUGAGUUCUAUCCCAUAUUAAUUCUGUACAACAUCAGAUCACUUUAAGGUAGCUCACAUUCAAGAACAUGUACUACCUCUGUAUGAUCUAACCAUGCUUAACUCAGCAGUGAGUUCUGUACAACAACAGAUCACUUUAAGGUAGCUCACAUUCAAGAACAUGUACUACCUCUGUAUGAUCUAACCAUGCUUAACUCAGCAGUGAGUUCUGUACAACAUCAGAUCACUUUAAGGUAGCUCACAUUCAAGAACAUGUACUAUAAAUACUUAAAUAUUUUCUCUUGAACUCAGGCGUCUCGUGCUGGAUGUAUUAUUCGUCUGCAUUGCCAUAUCAACCAUUAGUCUAGUCCAUAGCAACGGCUAUAUUCAACAGAUGGCGUUUGUCAUUGUCCUAGCAAUGGCCGGGGGGAGAAUGUUGGUUAAGAAACUGGUAAUGAGUGAUGAGUCAGUUCUGAGUCAGCAAAAAUCUCAGGAAAUCGAAGAGUUACGAGAACGAGUUGGCGAAGAGGUGUGUUUAAUGUUUUCACGUUGUUUGAAAGCAAAGAUAUGAGGUGCUCUGCAUCAGCUAAAGAAUACACCAGAAAUGUGACUGAGUCGACUUGUAAACACAAGGGCGGCUCUUUCUGCCACCACGCGACCAAUAUCUGAUCAUAAAACACAGCUAAGGCGAAAGAUUUUGCCGAGAAAAGAAAAUCGGAGUACCCAAAGGAAACCCCUCGAAGCCCAGCAAAGAACCAACCAGAAUUCUAAUGAUCUGAGUUUUUUAAGCACAGGAAAGUUACCCAACCUAAAGCCUGGCUUACACUAUCAAAUUAAUCAUUAUUCUCAUUAGGUUCGUAGACAGGAGAGAAUGGCCGAGCAGAUGGAAACCUGGAAACGACUCUUGGAGGUCGAGAGAUCUUACAAUAAGGAGUCAGAUGACGUCAUCACUGAAGUCAGGGAGAUGGAACAGCGAACACAACGCGAGGUAGGGCUACCUGUGGUAAUGCAGGCUCUGAACAGUGUUCACUUAUCACUAUAAUUUGGAACUGACAUUUUACAAAAUAUCUUAACUGACAGCUGACAAAUGAUGAAACAGUAAUUUGGAACUGACAUCUUACAAAAUAUCUUAACUGAUAGCUGACAAACGAUGGAACAGUAAUUUGGAACUGACAUCUUAUAAAAUAUCUAUACUGACAGCUGACAAAAGAUGAAAGAGUAAUUUGGAACUGACAUCUUACAAAAUAUCUUAACUGAUAGCUGACAAAUGAUGAAACAGUAAUUUGGAACUGACAUCUUACAAAAUGUCUUAACUGAUAGCGAUACUUAUCCACCUUCUUCUCGGCAAUUAUCGCUUAGGUUCGACGAGAGAUCGAGAGGUUGAGAAAAGAGAAACGCGAACGUCUUAAACACAUCGAAGAAUUAGAAAAAGAACUGAAGAAAUCCACGACACAUUGUUCCAAACAACGUCGACAGAUGGAGGAACUCAACAGAGUGAUCAAGGAACUGGAGAAAAAACAGAAACAAGGAUCGCGGGAGGUCGAUGUCUUGAAGGAGCUGAAUAAAUACGAGAAAGAAGAAUUGAGCGUAGCUUUGGACGAAAAGAAGAAAUCUCGCGAGGAAAUGAUGAAGAAUGUGCAGAAAGAAAAAGAGAAAGUGAAGCAUGAGACGACGUCGAAAAUGAAUCAUGAGAAAAAAGAGUUGGUUCAGAAGGUGAAUGGUUUGAUAAUCAUUUAUACCAUCAACACCAACAUCAUUAUCACCAUCAUCAUCACCAUCAUCAUCAUCAUCACCACCAUCACCAUCACCAUCACCAUCACCAUCACCAUCACCAUCACCAUCAUCAUCACCAUCACCAUCAUCACCAUCAUCACCAUCAUCACCAUCAUCAUCAUCACCAUCAUCAUCAUCAUCAUCAUCACCAUCACCAUCACAUCAUCAUCACCACCAUCAUCAUCAUCAUCAUCAUCAUCAUCAUCAUCACCAUCACCAUCAUAAUCAAUCACCAUCAACCCAUCAUCAUCAUCACCAUUGUCAUCACCAUCCAUCCUUAAAAAACUCAUUAAUAAUUCAGGAGGAAAACACAAAGAAAAAUCAUAAGCGUGUCGUAUCUUUAUAUGUGAUAAAAAAAAAUCAUGUUAAUUUACAUAAACUUUAGCUUUGAUUUUCUCUGUUUAGACAAAGUUUAUUUUAAAAAAUUACUUCGCCAAUGAACUCAUAUAAAAUGGGUCGUUUUUUAAGCCAUUUAAAGCACUUGUAGUCGUGUUUUAUCAGAUAUAAAACGCUCGACUGCGCCUCGCGUUUUAUAUCUGAUAAAACACUCCUACGCGUGCUUUAAAUAGCACAUCAUCACGACAAUCAAAUCCUAAGUGCUACUCUUUUUCUACCAUACCUAGGUGACAGAACUUGAGGAAAAACUAAGCGAGGAAAGAAAGAUUGCGAAAGACUUCUUGGACCAAGUUGACUCAGAACUUGUGAAGAACGAGAAGAUGAACGGGGAGAUUGCUGAGAUGAAAUCUCUCAUGGAACACGAGAGAGAGACGAGGGAAGAUCUCAGAAAACGUUUCCAAGAAAUUAACAAGAUCAGACAAGACAGAGAAAAGGUAAUGUCUUUCUUAGAUCUUGUUGAAAUAUACUUCUGGGAGAUUUCAGAACUAAUCAGUUGUCCCAACUGCAAACCAUGUGAAGUCAUCUAGAUAAAAACUAUUAGAAAAUUGGUUGGGAAGAUGAUACUGAUGCUUUGUUUACAUCCACAAAAGAGUGAAUGAUAGAAAAUAGAUUAAUCCACUGUGCAAGUUGACAAAGUCACUAAGUUCACAAGAACUAUUUCUCGACUAUUCGCACCUUUUCACUGAAACUUUGGAAAGAAAGUCAAGGAUAAAUGUAAUUAACGCAUUUGAGAAAACUUGCCAGAAUAUUCUCAAACGUUUCUUCGUUCUUAAUCACAGGACAAGACGUGGGAUAUUAAUAGCGAUUCUCAUUCUAGGUUCUACUGGACCAAAUCGACGACCUUCAAAACCAAAUGGCAAAGCAAAAAAAGACGUUAGAGUCAAUCACACAAGAAUUAGAGGACAAUACAGAUAGUUCCAAGAAGGAAAAAUCACAAUCUCUUUACGAUAUCCAAGAGAAGCAAAUCUUGGAACUUCAGAAGCGGUUGUCAAUGGCAACCAAGACAAUAGACGAGUUACGUCAGCAAGAGAAGAGUACCAUGAAGGAUAUGCAAGACCUGAGGGACAGACAGGGUAAAUUGUUGAAGGACAUGGGUACAUUGCAGGAUAAAUCAGGACAAGAUCACAGGUAAUUCAGUUCAUAAUUACAACAAAGAACAAAGGGUAACUAAAGCUUUAGAAUUAUCUAUUGGGUGUCCCAAAAAAACCUGUUUGAUUUCGUGUAACGUACAAACUAUAAAAGUUAUCGCAAUGAAAUAAAGAUCAUUACAUGCAGAAAGGACUAACUUAGAUUUUGAUAUAUAACACUUGAAUUUACAUGCAAUAUUGAGCGAGAUACGACCAAAAUAAAAAAAAUAUAUUAUUUAACAAGUAUAACUACAUUGGUAAUUAUAAGGUUGUUUUAUGCUAAUUUUUGGCAUUUUCAAAAACAGUAGUUCAACGUUCACACAUCAAUAGCGCAGUCAACAUUGUGUGUAAAUUCAAAUGUUAUAUAUCAAAAUCUAAGUCAGUCCUUUCUAAAUGCAACGAUCUUUAUUUCAUUGCGAUAGCUUUUAUAACUUGCUAUUGCAUAAUGAACAUCAUUAUCGAGGCUAAUCUUAUCAAUUUUCAAUAUCAGGACAAUUCAACGUAAACAAAAAGAAAUCAAAGAUUUAAAAUCUUCGCUUGACAAACUCAGUCGUGAAAAUGAGAGGAUGGGGAAGAAACUAGAAAGCGCGUGGCUGGAAAGUAGCCUGGGUGCUAGAGUUGUGAAGGCUGAGGUGGUAAAUGAGGACAAAGAGGGACAUGGUGAUGAUAGAAGGGGGCAAGAUGGGGGUAGAAGGGGACAAGAUGAGGGUAGAAGAGGACAAGACGAGGGUAGAAGAGGACAAGAUGAGGGUAAAAAUGAACCAGCGAUGAAGACUGAGAAUGAAGCGACCGUGGUGAACGAAGGACUGGACACUAGCAGAAGCGAAGGUGAGUGAAUACACUGAGCUCAAUGAAUGGAGAGGAAUGUGGUGGAUAAAUUGGAUAAUCUUUCAGAUUUAAACAGUCCGGGGACUCUGGAUAAUUUCUGUCUAGAUAAGCAGCAUUUUUUAAAAUGAAUUCCCUCGAGUGCUGGCAACGUUUGUCAGUACCAUUGACAACCAACUUUUUCCUCUUAUGAUAAAACGAUCAAUCUUUCACCAAAUAUAAUAUUUUGACAGACAUAGCUGUAGCAAAACUAGCAGAGGUUUCAGAAAAUGAAGACUACAUCAAAGAGAAUAAAGAGAAUAACAAGCGAGGAGGUAGGAUUUAAAACACGUUGUAGUAGAAUAGCUCAUUCGUUAUCAAGAGACAACUCUACCCACAUAAGUACAAAAUCUAUUUAGGAUGAAUCGCUAAGUAAAAAUUGCAGAACAUGAACCAAAAAUCAAUAAGACACUUUGCGCUAACAACAUACAGCAUGCUAACCGUAUUCGCAUGAUCAACCAAAAUUGCAAUGCAAUUUAACAGUGGUGGAUCCAGCACGGGUUUUUUUAAAGAAGUGCUGAGCGAGCAGUCAGUCACACUGAAUCCAGCACUGGCUAGCAGCGUACUCAUAAAAGUGCACCUAGUAGUUUCUUGGUUACAAUGAUAUUCACGAAAUGCACCUCUCUUACAGUGCCAGCGGAUUUUGAAAACAAGGACACGCAAGGUAUUCUGUAUUGGCUCGGUACAAGCGGUGACACCGAGGAAUGGAAGAAUGCGGCAGAGGCUGGCUUGGUCAAGAUCACUCGUUCUUCGUACGGGCACGGCAAGGCUUCGGAUGUCGCUGACCGCAAAGGAUCAUGGUGUAGUACGAGCAAUAAAGCGAACCAAUGGUGGAAGAUUGAUUUCGGUGAUAAACGAUCCAUUUUACCAUCAGCUUAUACUUUACAGGUACAAAGUAGUUGAAUAUUUGACCCAUAUUACGCUGGAGUCUUACGCCUGACAGAACAGUCUCAGUGUCACUAAGCCUGAAUAAUGGACCUAUUACCUAAUGAACAAAAUUUUGAUCUCAAUAAGUCUGGACAAAAAUUUCACCACAGCUUGAGAGAGAUAAAACAACUCUAAAAUGACAGAGUAACAAUCCAAAUCAUUUCUAAAUUUCAGACAGCAACCAGAAACGAAGUUUUGGACCCAUAUUGAUCGCUUACUCUCAAGAUAAAAAACUAGCGUGACCCCUCUCUUGACGUAACAUGCAUAUCCUCAAUAAUCCAUGGUGGCAAACAGCUCACUUUUUUCGGUCGAAAUAUUUUGAAAACUAAACAAGAUAUAAACAAUCUGUAAUAGAGUUUAAUAUGUAGUUUUAUAAGUUCUUUCAAAUGAACUAAACUAAUUUUUAUUGCCAAUGUCCUUUAAACACAAGUGGGAUAUCUUCCUAAAUCUUGGCAAACUCUGACAAUCAUAAACCAGAAUUUGUGUUCAUUCCAAAAUUUUCUAUAAUUUCCCUUACAGCACGGCUGGAGCGGAGUAUCGGGUGCUGUGAGGAACUGGGUACUAGAAGGAUCACGUGACGGCAAAGUAUGGCACAUUCUUAGAAAUCACGUCAACGACGAGACGCUGGACAAAGGGUACGCGGCCGCAACUUGGAAGAUCGAUGACGUCAACACGCCAUAUCGCUAUCUGCGCGUGCGUCAAACGGGGAAAAAUGAAGCCGGGAAGGACUCGCUGAGACUGAGCGGGUUUGAAGUCUAUGGACAGCUUGUUUUAAAUGAUUAG